UGUGACCCAGCACGUUAAUGAGAAGCAGGGAGAAGGCGCUGGCAGGGGAUGCAGAGGGAAUGGGCUGGGGAUGCCCGUAGGGACCUCGGCCGGCCGGCAGUUCAGAUGAAGCUCUUCAGACAGGCGCAGCUGAAGGGGGGCCAGGACCCGGACAAAAGGCAGCGUGGGCUGAACACGAAACCUCUUUAAUCCGACCUCUCUGCAGCUCUGUUCCCUGCACUGCAGCAGCGCCCACAAUGCCCGGGGCUACGAUCAUCCCCAGGAGCAUCUUCCCAGCAGGACCCACGCUUGGGAAAGUUUAGGCUUUAAGGGCUCGCUAGGCUGCCCCCCCGCCCCCCCCAGGCAGGGCAAUGGAUCUGCCUGAAGGUGAAUUUUAGUCGGUGAUUUGGUUGUUUUCUGGGUGCCCCCCGGACUUUCCCUGCCCCGCUCCCUUUGUGCGGGGAGAAAGUUCCUUGUUUCAAAGGACAAACCUUGCUGCUGCUGCUGCUGCUGCAGGGACGUGUCCCUGCCCCUGCAGACGAGCCCGGGGACGCUUUGUUUUCUGGUCUUCUCCAGCAAGUGGGUGCCUCUGCCCCACAGACUCUGGGAAACAGGAUCUUCCUCGCCCACCCUGGCGGGUUACAAUGGGGGGACUAGGCUAGCCUGAUGGUUUCUCAGGGCCAUAGUGAUGGCUGAAGUUGGUCUCUGGGAGCCCGCUGCAGGCUCAUACUCCCUUCCUAGAGUGAUGUGGAGCCAGUGAGUCAACCCCUGUCUGGGUCCUCUGCCUUUGCUGGGGCCUGUGCUGAGGCCAGCAGGAUGGGGAGCAGUGGCUCGGCACUGAAGGUCUGUACAGAUCACCGAGGAGGCAUCAACUGGCUCAGUCUGAGCCCAGACGGGCAGCACCUGCUGACGGGCAGUGAAGAUGGCACUGCACGUCUCUGGAGCACUUCAGAUAGCCAGUGCCAUGGCCAUUUCCAAGGACAUGAAAGCUACAUCACCUUUUGCCACUUAGAAAAUGAGGUUGCAUUCACAUGUAGUGCAGAUCACACAAUUAGAAAGUGGGACGUGAUGACAGGCCAGUGUCUGGCCAUUUACCGAGGGCACACAUCAAUUGUCAACAGGAUCCUGGUUGCCAAAGACUAUCUAUUUAGCGGCUCCUAUGACAGGACAGCUCGGUGCUGGAGUGUGGAGAAGGAGAAACAAAUCCAGGAAUUCCGGGGCCAUCGGAACUGUGUUCUGACUUUGGCUCACUACUCCUCCCGGGAUGUUCUUGAUGAGUCAGAGGAGGAGCAGCAGAAACUGAACAGAGACUUCCUGGUGACAGGAAGCACAGACUGCACUGUUAAGGUCUGGUGGGUGUCAAGUGGGCGUUGCUACCAGACUCUGCUAGGGCACACGGGGGCUGUUUUAUGCCUUAUACUUGAUGCUCCAAACAGGGAGUUAUUUUCUGGCAGCACAGAUUAUACCAUCCGAACAUGGAAUAUUGUGACCGGCGAGCAGUUAAAAGUGUUCAAAGAGCAUCAAGGAUCGGUUAUCUGUCUAGAGCUGGUGAAUCGAUACUUGUAUUCAGGAAGUGCAGACAAGACGGUGAAGUGCUGGUUAGCAGACACUGGGGAGCAAGUCCAAACAUACAAGACUCACAAACACAGCGUUAGCACUUUGAAAUACCAUGCAGGAAUCUUGUUUACAGGAAGUGGUGAUGCCUGCGCUCGAGCUUUCAAUUCAAAGACAGGCGUCCUGCAGAGGAUCUUCCGAGGACACAAGUUCAUCAUCAACUGCAUUCAGAUUCACAAUGAAUUAUUGUACACAGCUUCCCACGAUGGCACGCUAAGGAUCUGGGACGUACAAGGAAUCUGCAAGCGAAACAAGCAUCGCCUGAAGAAGGAGCCUUCUGUCCCGGGCAAGAGCUCUCAGAAGGGAAGUCUGUCUCGUCUUUUCAAUAACAGAGUUGGCUGCACAAUGCAAGAGGAGAAUGGGGAACUUGAGGCUGUUGAACUAAUGUGAUUGCCUGGGACAAACUGUCUGUCAAGGAGGAAAAACUGAGCCAUCUUCUGUGCCCUUGGGUGCAGAUAAGCCAAACCUUGGGAAGAGGUGGGAAAUUACAUUGCUCAAAGUGUUCAAUCCAGAGUUCCCAGUCAUGUGACUCAUGAAACUGCCUCUCUUCAGAAUAUUACUGAUGUCUCACAGCAUCUCAUAGUACAUUGUAAUGCAAAGGAAACUUGUGUGGAUGACUUACAGACCAGGGCAAUAUGGGGUCAGGCACCAUUGUAGAGAGCAGUCCAUGAAAUACGCCUUCCCCUAUAUUUUUGUUUGUAAUUGUCAUUUGUAUUUAAGAUUCCUCUUCCUAGUUCCUUCCUGUACAGUGGUAUUUGACCCCACUGCUGCCUCACGCUGGUCCCUGACAGGAGGAGAGGCAGGAAUAAGUAAUGAACCAAUAGGCUCCCUCCCCUUUUUAUUGCCUCUUACAACACACUGUGACGGAGCAGAAUGUGCAAGCGAAAGCUGCCUUGCAGGAUGACUCUGAAUUGAAUUUUCUCAGCUCCCUUUGGAGUUAUAAUGUCCUUGCCUCUCACUGAUCUGAAUGACUUUAAUGUAGGAGAGUUUGGCUGAGGCACACAGAUGCCUGAAGUCUCUCUGGUGCUUGAGUUUAGAACACCAGAGCAGAGAUUUAAAUGGGCUUUGAAAAAACCCCAACAAAUGACCAACCUGAACUUUAGGCCUGUUCCUCCCCAUACAGCGCGAGUGGGAGAGCAGGAUGGCAGUGAGUUCCCCUGGGGAGGUCGGGAGGUGGGGGCGAGGGCUUUGUUUCUUUGUUGUGGGACAACAGGCUUCAUGUAAGGAUGCUGGUUCUGAAGGAUGUGAUCGAGGGGAGUUGAGUGAAUGCAGCCACCCAAUAUCUCUCUGGCUUCACUGCCAAUGUGCCCAGAGGAUUCAGGGGGCCUGGGGCAAAGUGGGGGAGCUGCAGUGCUUGUACUCACCUGGCGGCAGUCUGGGUCUUUGGUGGCAGGGGGCCUUUCAGUCGCUCUGCAUCUUCGGAAGCACUAAAGGGCCCCCCGCCGCCGAAAUGCUGCCAAAGACCCGGACCGCUGCUGGGCCAGGACUCACUGGGGCCCUGCUGGGCCUGGGGCAAAUUGUCCCACUUACCCCACCCCCUCCGACCCCCAGAGGCCCUGUUCACUGCUGGGCCUGAGCUCCUUUCACAUCUCAUGAACCUGUCAGCGGUGCUGCAAAUUCCAUGACAGGUGACAUAGGAGCCAGACAAAAUCUAGAGAGUGCCUGGAGACCAUAUGGGCUUUGAAAUGAAGAGCAUGUUACCAUGGAAGAAGGUGGGGACCUGAUGGAAGGAAGGUGGUGGUGUGUAAAGAUCUAGAGUGAAAUUGUUAAAGAUCACCUAGGUGUGCCUGAAGGAAAGGGAUGCAGUAGGUUUGGAUAAGCAUCUGAAUCAAUCUGUUUCUGUGGCCCACAUUGUGUUACAUGGGCUGCAAGUUGAGAACCACAGUGCACCCGCCAACCACCCACAGUCCCCUAUGCCAGGGAGGGGCCAGGAGCCGAUCCCUGGGUGUGUGCUGGUCAGCAGCUGGACCUAGACCCCGCCAUGUGGGGCUGGAUAGCAGCUGGGACUCGAGCGCUGCUGCGUGGGGCCAGGCAGCUGGGAGCCCUGGCUCUGGGCCAGGAGCUGAGCGCCUGGUGCCGGCUGGCAGCCAGGACCCAAGAAGGGGAACCAAGAGGCCCCCCCCUCCCCGAAACCUGGGGGUGCUAUAGCACUCUGGCAAAUCCCUAGUUCCCUUGCCCCCCUCACUGCCCAGAGCCCGCUCCAGAAACCUACUCACAGACCCACUCUUCCAUCCCUUGUCUCCCUGAGGCACUCACCUGCCCCUGCUGGCAGGAGCGCUCCAGCAGUCUGCAUGAUGCAGUCUGCCUCUCAGUCAGCCCUGCCCCGCCAGACCAGAAUGACAAAGUUUGAAUUUUUUUUAGCACGUAGUUGGGCUGCAGCUGUGGGCUGCAGGUUGAGAAAUGCUGAUCUAAAUUUGGGAGUGUCGCACUCAUCUCUACCAGGUUCACUGUGCCUUGAUAAUCACUGAGCCAUAAAUAUUCAAGUGUCCUUAUUUUUUUUGUAGAUAUAGCACACUUUGUAGAAUCAAUGAAACAGAUACUUAACCAUGUGUUUUUAUUUUUGUGGCUUUAUUUAUUCUGUAUUGUGGCAGAUAAAUGCUGUAAUACUCUUUGUGAAUGGGUAAUAAACACAUGGCAUCUAUAGAUGAAACUGAAGCCUUUAUUUGUAAUUGCUUGCUGCAUGCAUAGGAUUGGCUGCAGACAAAUGGCAGUCAGAAAGGGAGGGGAAGGGGAAAAGCAGAGGGAAAAAAAUCAUGUGAACUUUACAAACAUGCCCUCACUUUCCCCUCUUAGAUGGGCUGGAGUCAAGUCUGUUAUUGGUGAAGCAGGACGGUCUCUAAAUUUUUAUGUCCUGCCUGCUGCAGUUGUAUGACUGCCAACAUCUCAACUCUUUAAACGGCUGCGUUUGACUGACAAAGCCACAAAAUACACUGCAGCCUUGGGACAAGCGUGCUGUGCUGGGAGCCGGGACACCCUGUUUUCACCUCUUGGCUCUCACUAGCUGUUGCUCUUCACGACCCUUAUUAGUGAGCGAGGGAUCUCAUCCCUCCCCCACCCCCUGAGACAGGAGAAUGGUACGUCCUCCGUUUUACAAAUCAGCAGAACCUAGCUCUUUGGUAGCGCAGUACCUGCCACCUCUCAGUCACACUGUCUGUAAGAGCUUGGCUCAGCCUAACAGUUACCACGCUCUCCUCCCAAUGCACCAUAUGCAACCAAGGCAGCCUUACUCCUACAGUUCUAAUCCUUUCUAGCAGCUAGGUGUGAAAACUGGGGCAAAGCCUGUGCCAUACUGAACCCCUCACAUAGUGCUUAGGCCACAAGGAUAACACCCCACAUCGCCAUUGGUUGUUCCUGUAGUGCAAGCAGUGAGAUGGCUACUGGGGAUCAGAUGGUCAUGGGUCAAAGCCUGCUGUCGCACCCUGUGGGGAAAAGUAGCAGGUGCGCGUAUGGUAAGGGUUGUCCUAGAAGUGUUUAAACAAGCAGCCACAGGCCUAUCUUUUUUUCUCUCUCAUAAAUGAAGUGGUGAAAUUCUAUCCUUGCCCAAUGACGGGCUCAACACACCUAUACUCAGAUUUCAAGGGACUGCCAGAGCACUUAGUCUGACCCUGUGUAUAUCACAGGCCCACACCACCAUCCAGGACCAGCUCCCUAACACCCCACAUUAGAGUGAAGUAUUACAACCCACAGGAGACUGUUAUGUGCUGCAGGCAGAGAAUAGGAGGGACUGAGGUGUACAAGUGCCCGAGGUGCUGCAGUGGCAGAGAAAUGAUUGAGAUAGACCCAGAUAAUUCUGGGUAGCCAUCUACUACAGUGGAAAGCAAACACCCUCACGGUCACUGCCAACCUGACCUGGAGGAAAAGCCCCUUUCCACCACCAUAUAUAGUGAUCAGUUAGACCCUGAACAAGAACCAGCCAAGCACCUACUACUUCUGAGGGACUUCUGUGCCAAAAACAUUAAACAUUCUACACCAAAAAAAUAAAAAAUUCUGUGUGUAACAUUUUAAAAUGCUGCAUAUUUUGUCAAUAAAUAAAGGUAGAGGCUGCAGCAUGGUGGGAGGUGGUGGGGAACAGGGACACAGGGCCCUGGCUGCACAAAGGUAGGAGAUCACCCUGUACCCCCUCCAGAUUUGGCAGUGGGGCUGCACCUAACCCUCACAAGGGCCAUGCCGGCCGCGCACUCCAGGGCCCUGCCCCUCCAUGCAAAGUGCCAAGACAGUAAGUGAGAAGAACAGAGUCUCACUUGCAUGCCCAGCCCUGGCCACUGAUCCAGGUGUGGGGCAAGUAGCUCUGCCCUGCAGGAUCCAAGUGUAGAGGGGCUUAAUGUGGGGGAUCCAGGUCUGGGGUGAGGGUUCUGUGUGGGGCAAGCUGGAGACAGGCAGGUCAGCAGUGGAAGAUCUGGAUGCACAGGGGUUUCUUGCGGUGGCAGGGGUUCUGGGUGCAGGGGGGGGAUGGGACUCUGCAGGGGGUGGGGUGUCCAGGUGAAGGUGGUUGGGACUCAGCCAAGGGCAGGGUCUGGAGCUUUGGGGGCUCAAUGUGGGUAGGAUGGGAGUUCAGCGGGGGGGGGGGGGGAAUCCAGGUGCUGAGGGAGUGAGGCUUGGUGGAGGUGGAGGUCUGGGUGCAGCAAGUUGGGGGCUCAGUGGGGGGGAG